UUCCUGCAACUGACAAGCCGCCAUCAUCCAAGUGUUGGACCAGGGGUUAGGGCCAUCAGAGUGUGCUUCCAGCAUCCCGACCAGAUUAACCUUGGCCAACAGGGAAAGUGUUUACACUGUGCUAGCUCGCUCAGAGUUGGGUUGAGUUGGGUUGGCCUGGUGUGUAUGUUGAGUGGCCGUAAGUGAAAAUUAUGAUGUAAAGAAGAGCCAAACAAAAACAAAUACUCACACACAAACGGACGGACAAACAGAACCGAGUUCGUGUACUCGUUUCAAAAGAAGAGAGGAAAAUAAAAGAAAACAAGAAACGUGUACGUGUGUGUAUGUGGACCAAAAGUGUAAAUAUGGGGCCGAGAAAUGAGCCGGCGAAGCAAGUGCGAAAUUCCACCGACGGCGACGACGGCAGCGAGAGUAAGCGAUGAACAAGGUGGUUCACUGCCAGGUCGUCAUCCAGAAGUUGUUGCCCGUCAUCAUCACCUCUGUUGACGUAGUGUGGAAAUGCCGUGUUGGGUGGAGAAGCAUCUGGUAGUGGAAGGGGACGCAAGGUGUUUUGUGGGUUUUGUUGCCAUAACAGUGAGGCUGGGACGAAGCAGCAGCUAGGAAGGGAGAUCAGCACUGAAUCCACACGUUGACGACGAACCACGUGGGCUGCCCUCUCUGGGAGGGAGUUAGAAGCUGAGUGGAGGCGGCAGAAGCGGCGGUGGCCGCAAUAUGACCGAUAAAUGGCGCCAUGCCAUCGCCAGGAUACGGAAGGGCUUGGCCAUAAAAAAAUGCAGAAGACAACGGGCCUACGAAAAAAGACCCAGCUAGUUCCGAUACGCUUUUCGAUGGCGAACAACCAACGCUGGAGGAGAUCCGCAGCUGGGGCAAAAGCUUCGACAAACUGAUGCGGAGUCCGAGCGGGCGGAAAGCGUUCCGGGAGUUUCUGCGCUGCGAGUACAGCGAGGAAAACAUCCUCUUCUGGCUGGCCUGCGAGGAGCUCAAGAAGGAAACCAACCCCGAGGCGAUAGAGGAGAAGGCUAGGUUUAUCUACGAAGAUUAUAUAUCGAUUUUAUCACCCAAAGAGGUGUCGUUAGACUCCCGAGUGCGGGAAAUAGUUAAUAGGAAUAUGGUGGAACCCACGCCGCACACAUUUGACGAAGCUCAACUACAAAUUUAUACACUAAUGCAUAGAGAUUCGUACCCGAGAUUUAUAAACUCAUCACAAUUCAAAACCCUGGCACAAAUCCCGGACGGGGUGUCGGCGUCCGGCUCGACGGCGGAAAGUCCUAGCAACUAGGAGGAGGAGGAGGAGCAGGAGCAGGAGAAGGAGUAAGAGCAAGCUAACAACGCGUUAAAGUAAUAUGUUUAAAGUUAAAAUUAUCAAAUGGCGUGACGACGACGACGACGAAAAGUGAGGAAAUAUACAUAUUAUAAGCAUUAAUCGAAGUUUUAAACAAUAAGAAAUGGGUGGGGGAAAAAGUGGCCGGUGGAACGAGGGGAAGAAGCGGGGGGUAAGUGGGGGUGAUGGAAACCACUAUGAUUAGUUAAUAAAUUGAUUGGGCGGGGCUCGUUCCAUUUUAGAUUUUGGUUAGGUUUGUUCUGUUUUAUUUUGAAUUUGUUAUUAUUUAUUGAUUUUUGAUGUUAUGAUACUUCAAACUAAUUUUUAAAGUUAAACGUUGAAGAAGUUUGAGUUGAUUUUUUUUAUAAAUUUUAUAAAGUUUUCAGAUAAUAUAUUUUUUACUGUGCGUUGAAAAAAUAAACUAUAUAAAUAAGAACGAGCCUUGUUCGUAAUAGAGCAACCCAUUAGAAAGAACAACAAAAAAAGGCAAAUAAAGUAAAAUUUUAUAUAAAUAUUAUACAACAAAAAAGAAACAUAACGAAAUGGAUCGAACUAGUGUUUACUACCCCCGAGUCGGGAGAUCUAGUCGGGAGAGGGUAAUUCAACAGCUAGGGCUAAACAUACACAAAAACACACACAAAAAACACGUAAAUUCACAAACACACACUGAUAAUUUUUAGCGUUACUGUAAAUUAUAGAUGGACGUUAUUAUGAAAAAAAUGAAACAGCAAGUAAAUAAACAGAAAUGAAAUAACCCCAGAGAAGAAGAAGAAAACAUAAAAACAUGCUCUAAAACGAUGUAAUCAAUAGCCAAAAAAGAACAAAGAAAAACAAAUAUAUAUCUAUAUACACAACACAUACAACAAGAAAGAGAAAAAAAAGUCGAGUUAAAAGAGAGCCAGGUUUUAGUUGAGGAAUAGUAGUGAAAAAAGUUUAAAAACAAGACAAACGACAAUGAAGUAAACGUAACUAGAAGAAGAAAAGAAAUCCCGUCGUCAGAAGAAAACAACAACUUUUAUCCGUUACCUUUAUUAAUUGUUCGAUUCUGUUGUUCUCUAACUAAACGUUAUUUGGAUUCAGAUUUUUAAAAAAACAAACACUCUCACGAAUCACUCAAAAAACCACCAACCAAUCAAUCAAAACCCGAAACACACACAUCUCAAUCAAAGGAGCCACCCUAACACAAAAGAAGAGAUCACCCAAACCCACUUUUCCCAGAGCAAUGAAAGCAUUAUUUUUCGCGCAAACAAACGUAAAAACAGAAAAAAAAAGUUAUUUAAAAACCAGCAAAGUGUUACUAAAGAAAUAGAAGAAGCCCCUUUUACACAAACACACAAUUUAUGUGAAAAAAAAAAAAACGAUCAAGCACAAAGUUUAGUGUAAGAGACCAAAGUUUAUCUAUAUAUUCUAUAUCUAGCGCUCCUAAGUCAACCAAUCCCCAGAAUAAGAACGAAAUGCUUUAAACCAAAACGUUCUGUGGUCGGUUCGAAACAUUCAAGUAUUACAAAACCAAAAAUGGAAAGAAACGCGACAUUUCUAGCAGCCUAAAAUGACCACGCCGUACUAUGUAUAUUUACUGUUUAUAUUUAAUAUUUUAAAAAAGAUCGCAUAACUUGUUGACUUUUUGUUUCGACUAGUCUCAAAUCAAAGAUGUGAUCGAGCGCCCUUUUUUGUGUUUGUUCACCCGCCACAAAUCGCUCUGUCUCUUUCUAUAUAUUUAUAAACAUAAUGAAGUUUUUUAGUAUCUCUAUUGAUUAGCUCAAUUUUUGUUACAUUUUUUACGAUGGCCUAUUCGAUUUUAUUAGAGAAAAAUUAAACAGAGCAAGAAAAAAAAAAGAAAGUAAACAAAGGCAUUAAUUGCACUGUUAGUAAAAACAUAAACAUAAACAAAUAAACUUAAGUAAGUAAAUAAAAAAAAAUGAGGCAUUCUAGUCAAGAAAAAUCGAAGCAAAAAAAAGGAAACCUUAGAAUAAACGAUUUAGCUGACACAACCCACACACACAUCCUCACACACAAAAACAAUAUCUAACACACACACACACUCACCCACGUGAUGGCGUUGCUUCUCGAGAGAGGGAGAGGAACGUGAAUAUUUUUAUUUUGUUUUUCAAACAAUAGUCACUGAUGAACAAGCCUAGUUGAGUGUGUUGACCACUAAUCCUCAUUAGCAUCCGAAGUGUUAGUAGAGAAGCGUGUGGUAUAGUGGAGGAGGGAUUCCAAGUGCGGUGAAAUGGACUUUUUGUGGUGGAAUUUAAAUGUUUUUCGAUUGAAGUUAGAAUCACAAGUUUCAAAAAUAAAAAUGUCUUGCAUAAAAUAUUUUGAUUUUGUUUACAAUAAUACGCAAUCCACCAAACUUAAUGCAAAAAACUGGAUCACAAGAUUAUCCGUAGCUUCAACUGUACGAAUUUUGGUUACCUAUCCAAAGAUUCGUUUAUCCGAAGUCUCGAUUAUUCGACUCUUCGACUUUUCAUUGGGCAGCGAAUGACUACGUUGGGUAAAGCUGCCAUAAAUAAAUAAAUGAACAACAACAACAACGACUUUCCAUUAUUUCGAUUAUUCGAAGGCUCUAUCAUUCAAAAUUUGAUAAUCCGAAGCCUCGCUAUCCUUUAAUUUGUACUAUCCUCAAUGCCGAUUAUCUAAACCUUUUUUAUCUGAAGUUUCAACUUUCCGAAGUUCGAUUAUCCAAAUCCUUGAUUUUUUUUAAUUUAGAUUAUCCGAAGUAUCGACUCUCCGUAGCUUCGAAUAUUCUGAGUUUUGAUUAUUCAAAGCCUUGAUUAUCCGAAAUUCCGAUUAUCCGAAGCCUCGAUUAUCUAAAAUUUCCAAACAUUCAUCAAAAUUUCGAAUGUCUGAAGUUUCAAUUUUCAAAGGCCUCUAUUAUCCGAUGUUUAACCCAUCCGUAGUUUAGAUUAUCCGAAGCCUCGAUUAUCCAAAAUUUUAAUAAUCUGAAGCUUCGAUUCAUGAGAAUUUCGAUUAUACGAUGUUUCAAUUAUCCUAAGCCUCGAUUAUCCACAGAUUCACCUUUCCGAAGUUUCGAUAUUCCGAAGCUUCGAUUAUCUACAAUUUCUAUUAUCUGAAAUUUCAAUUCGAAAUUUCGAUUAUCUGAAACGUCUAUUAUUUAAAAUUCGAUUUUCUGAAGCAUCGAUUAUCUGAAAUUUGGAUCACACAAAGUUUCAACUCUUCAAAGGCUAGAUUAUCCUAAGUUUAGAUUAUUCGUUUAUCCAAAAUUAUCCCUCAGAUUAUUCCAAGCAUCGAUGCUUCAAAAUUCCAAAGUUUCGAUUAUCCGAAGCCUUGAUUAUCUUAAAUUUCGAUUAUCGAAAGUUUCGAUUAUUUGAAGCAUUGAAUCAUCGAAAUUUCGAUUAUCCAAUGCCUUGAUUAUCCAAUGUUUUUACUAUCCGAUGUUUCGAUAGACAAUAAUUUCUAUUAUUCGAAGUUUUAACUAUUCAAAGCCUCGAUUAUCCAGAGUUUCGAUCAUCUGAAGCUUUAUUAUCUGAUGUUUUGAUUGUCGAAAGUUUCGAUCAUCCGAAGCAUCGAUUAGCCGAAGUCUCUAUUAUCCAAACCCUCGAUUAUCCAAAGUCUCUAUUAUCCAAAUUUUUGAUUGUUUGAAGUUUCGAUUAUCCGAAAUUACGAUCACCCGAAGCCUCAAUUAAUCAAAAUUUCGAUUGUCCGAAGAUUCGAUUAUCCCAAGCAUCGAUGCUUCAACAUUCCAAAGUUUCGAUUAUCCGAAGCCUUGAUUAUCUUAAGUUUCGAUUAUCAAAAGUUUCGAUUAACUAAAGCAUUGAAUCAUCGAAAUUUCGAUUAUUCAAAGCCUUGAUUAUCCGAAGUUUUAACUAUCCGAAAUUUUGAUAAUCAACAAUUUCUAUUAUCCGAAGUUUCAACUAUCCAAAGCUUCGAUUAUCCAUAGUUUCGAUCAUCUGAAGCUUUAUUAUCUAAUGUUUUGAUUGUCGAAAGUUUCGAUCAUCCGAAGCAUCGAUUAGCCGAAGACUCUAUUAUCCAAACCCUCGAUUAUCCAAAGUCUCUAUUAUCCGAAGUUUUGAUUGUUCGAAGUUGCGAUUAUCUGAAAUUACGAUCAUCUGAAGCUUUGAUUGUCCGAUGUUUUGAUUGUCGUAAGUUUCGAUCAUUCGAAGUAACGAUUAUCCGAAAUAUUGAUUGUUCGAAGUUUCGAUUAUCAUAAUUUUCAUCAUUUUAAGCUUCAAUUAUCUGAAGCCUCGAUUUCAAAGUGCGAAGUUUUUGUUUUUCAAAAUUUCAAUUGUUCUAGGCCACGAUUAUGCGAUGUUUCGAUUGUCCGAAUUAUAGAUUUUCCAAUGUAUGGAUUAUCCGGAGAUUCGAUUAUCCGAAGCCACUAUUUUACGAAAUUACUUGUUUCUUAAGGACUCUAAAAUAAAUGUUUUCAGUCAAUCUAUAUAUAAAAAAUAAGGUUCAUUUGUCUAUUAAAACCAUGUUUUAUUGAAAUGUUGACAACUCUCACUGAAAAGAUGUUCUGUAAUAUUCAAAUCAAAAGAAUAAUUAGAUAUUUUUAAAUUUAUAUUAAAUUUUUAAAUUUUCAUUCUUUUUUUUCAAAACUGGAUUAAUAUGAAAAUUUUAUCGCUAAAAUGGUCCAUUCGCUUAACUGGAACUAUCCCUUCCAAGGAUAGUAAAUAGUCUAAAAUACACAAUAGAAACAAAGCAGAAAAAAUCACCCUCCCGCAAAUAGUAAUUGUUGUCGUCUUUAGCGAAAUCAUGUGUACAUUUCUAGGCAGAAAGUUUCCCGCGCAACAACAGUAAGGACACAAUGAAAGAUUAAAAAAGUAAAUAAUUUUACAAACAGGAAGGAGAAUAAAAGCGAGAAAAGCAUUCAUUGUACGGCCCAACUACUACUAGGAUAGAUUAGACGGAAAAUCAAAUUAAAAAAAAAAUGAAAAUCCUUCUAAGUUAAGGCCACACACCGAGAAAGAGAGGGCGAGUCGAGUCGAGCAGCUUUCGUGCAAGUGUUCUUUAAUUCUUUGCUAACUUUCCACUACCAACAGGCUUUUGGGUUCCAAACAUGAAUGUCGAUCAGGUUUAAUCAGCAAUAACAACAGCAACACGUAACAACAACAACCGAUUAACACACAACCACACACUUUUGCAUUUAACUAGCACUUAAGCCACUUUAAAGAGAAAAAAAAUCAAUGGAAAGCUGCUCGACAUUUCGCUCCAACACGCAAUAAAAACAAACAAAAAAAAUGAAAAGAAACAAGUUUAAAGUUUAAGAAAAAAGUAAACAAGAGAACAAGAAUAGUCCAACAUAUACAUAAAUUUGUGUGUAAAAUUUUCCGUUUCCAAUUAUUUACACAGUUUCAUCGCUUUUUGGUUCAGGUGAAAAAUGAUGUUUAACAGAAGAGAGGUAAAAUAAAUGGGGGAAAAAACUGUCGUCAAAUGAAAGGUAAGAUGAGAAACUUUUAUAAUAUAAAUAAGAAACGAUGAAAAUAACAGCAAACAAACAACCCCCGUAAAGUUAAAGAAACAAGAUCUAUAUUCAAGCAGAAAAAAAACUUUUAUAUGGUUAUAAAGUUUUACACAAAACAAGUAAGUUUAAACAAAAGAAAACAUGGAGAGCGAUAAUUAGCAAGAUCACUCGCAUAAAGCGCUAAACGCGAUCGAUUAAGUUGUCCUGUCCUGUUCAAAGCCCUCCCCUAAAAUUGGUUUUGUUCAGUAACUUCUCUGCAACCGUUGUGCAACACUGUGUUGUACAAGCGUAUAUAGUUUAAGGUCGUCGAGUAGUUUCAAGCAAACUUGUUUCGAGGUUCAAUCGGUCAAACGUGAGCAGAAAAUUCACGAGAAAAAAGAUACUAAUUUUCUUACUUGCAACACUUUUAUAUAGUAUUUAUUCAAGGAUGAACAGAUAACUACAUUAACAAUUAACUGAGAUAAGAUGAAAAUAAUAAAGAAAAAAAUAUCGCAAACAAAACUUGUUGUUUAUACUUCGAUUUCAUAUAAAAUAAAAAGAAAACAAAACAAACAAAGUAAUGUAAAACCAAAAAGGUAAAAUAAAUCUAUAAAUAUGCACCAAAAAACAGAACAGGAUUAACGCUAACCUAAACAAAAAACGAAGAAAAGAUACACACUCACAAAUACACAGAAACACAAAACAUACACACGCGUUUUACACCGGCCGAUUGCGACGAAGGGUGGACGACAACCUUACUUAAAAAAAAGAAAGCAUUCAAAAAUAAACAAAACACUAAAGAAGCAUUAAACAUACCAACCCCGAGAGAAAAACAAAACAAACUGCAUAUUAGAAAUGUACCGAUUUUAAUUGUAAUGAAAAGCAAAGAGGAAGGAGGUAUGACAUAUAGCGAAAGAAAAAAAAAAUCUAAAAAAAUCAAUCAAUCGUUUUUAAGUUGAGUUCUAAUGAAAAAAAAAAUCAAAUCAACACAAAACAAAAAAACACACACACGCAACGCGAAGAUUCAACUAGAAAGGGGAGAAGAGUAUCAAGGAAGGCGAGAGACACCUUCAAUCAAGUCGACCAAGAAACAAAAUAGAACAUACAAAUACACAAACACACGCGAGUACACGCCAUACAUUACGAUCAACACACACAACACACACAAUCAUGAUCAUGAUUGAGGAAUAAAAAUGAGUAAAACAUCGU